AAACGUCAGAUUCCUCUCGGUUUGUAAAUAAGUGCCACGGCCACGAGUCGUUAUCGGUAGCCGGCGGAACGACGGAUUUCCCGAACACCGGAUUAUUCCCAUUUCUGUUUGUCCCGCGUUCCCCCAUUCUAGACUUAGUGUUUAACAGUUUGGACAGUUUGUUUUAAGUAUUUAAGUGACUUUUUGUUGAUUUUAUACAUUUUGACAAAAAUGGUGCAGGCCGCUAAGCAGGAGCUGUACCUGCUCAACUGGGAGAUCGCCAAUCUGACCCAGAAGCUGAUUUCCUUUUCGGAGAUGUACUCGGCGGUUGAUUUGAAAACCGUUGAAUAUUUGGAAAAGAUGAUCAAAACGACGGACCGGUUCCUGACGCAGAAGACGCUGGUUCCGGUGGGCGAGUGGGACGCCGGGGACAAGGCCAUCUUCGAGGGGUACACAUUCUCGCGCAGCAUCAACUGCAAGAUGUGCGACCGUUCGAUCAAGAUUACGAAACCGGGCCUGCUGAAGCACCUGGCGGAACACGACAUUAAGGUGGAGAAUACGCCGAAGGUAAAAACUCCGGCGAAGGAACCGUUGACCAAGAGCGAGAGUAAGGGACCCGUUAAAAGGAAAGAGCCCGUUCAGAACAAACCACGAUUGCACAACGAGAAGCCCUGCCUGGAGGUGGGCUGCCUUCCGACGAUUAAGGAACCUGUGUCGAACAAAAUGAAAAAGUUUCUGACCAACAAGAGCCCGCAAGACCAGCUGAAAGCAACGACCGAACGGAAACAGGAGCAAGUCAAUAGUCCGGUGCACGCGGCGAUCGCCGCCGAUUUGGAGAAGAUUUUGGCGUACAAAUUUCCGAACGUCAAGGCCCACCCGUUCGGUUCGCGUGUGACCGGUCUGGGCAACGACACGAGCGACGUGGACAUUUACCUGGAUUUGGACGGGAAUCAAGAGGGAAAUUUGUCCAAGGACACCAUCCAGCGGUACUCCAACCAGGUGCAGGCCCUACUGCAAGCGUCCGGUCACUGGAGUGAGUUCAAGCCGAUUCUGAACGCUCGCACGCCCAUCCUGCGCACCUGGAACCUACAGCAAAAGCUAGACUGCGACCUGUCCUUCUCUAACGGACUGUCCAUGUGCAACACCGAGCUGAUUCAGUACUUCUUCGAGAUUCAACCCGUGUGCAGUGCCGUCACGCUGUACGUCAAGGAAUGGGCUCGCUAUCUCAACAUCGAAGCCCUGAACGGAUACACCGUUACGCUUCUCACGAUUUUCUUCUUCCAAGCACACAAACUGCUGCCCUCCGUGUACCAGCUGCAAACGAACAACUCCGAGGAGCACAAAGUUCGUCGUAUUUCGCAUUGGCGCGUCGACUUUGAGCGCAAGUCCCUGGAACAGCUCAAGAUCGUCCCCAUCCCGGAGGCACAAAUCGAACUCUACCUAGGUGGCUUCUUCGCCUUCUACGGGGAAGCGUUCAAGUUCGAAACGAACAUGGUGUGCCCCUUCCUGGGAACGCCCCAGCUUAAGAUUCACUUCGACCCGCUCGGCACCCGAAUCCCGGCCCAGAUGAAAGCCCUGCGCGAGUACUACGCCACGCUGAACAUGAACGAAGCCCACCCCGUCAACGAGCUGUUGCAGUACGCGAAACCGAUGGUGGUGCAGGAUCCGUUCGAGCUGAACCACAACGUUGCCAAGGGCCUGAUGCCGAUCAACGUGAGCAAGUUCCGCAAGCUGUGCGCCGAGACGGGACCGCUGCUGCAGAGUGCUGCCGCCAAGGGGCAACCAGAGGCGUAGGCCGCCAGGGGGCUCGGUUUUAAUGGGUUGAUGAAAUUCGCACAAGAAUAAAAUUGAAUACAUCAAGCAGAA